AUGAAGUUCAGCUCAUCUCUCGUCGUUUUGUCUCUCUCUGCUCUCAGCCUGGCAGCACCCACGCCUACUGAGUGCAGCGCAGUUACUGCUGCCGAUGGAACUGUUACCAAGCGUUACAACAUCCCUUGGACUAAGAAUUACGGAGAGUACGAUGAGAAGCGCGACCUCGAGGAGCGCACUGAGUGCAGCGCAGUAACCGAAGCCGACGGUACUGUCACUAAGCGUUGCAACAUCCCUUGGACCAAGAACUACGGAGAGUAUGACGAGAAGCGUGAUGUUAAGGAGCGCACCGAAUGCAGCGUAGUUACUGCCGCUGACGGAACUGUCACCAAGCGCUGCAACAUCCCAUGGACUAAGAACUAUGGCGAGUACGAUGAGAAGCGUGACGUCAAGGAGCGCACCGAAUGCAGCGUCGUUACUGCUGCUGAUGGAACCGUCACCAAGCGUUGCAACAUCCCUUGGACCAAGAACUAUGGCGAGUAUGACGAGAAGCGUGACGUCGAGAAGCGCACCGAGUGCAGUGCAGUUACCGAAGCCGACGGAACUGUCACUAAGCGUUGUAACAUCCCUUGGACCAAGAACUACGGCGAAUACGACGAGAAGCGUGAUGUUAAGGAGCGUACUGAGUGCAGUGCCGUCACUGAAGCCGACGGAACUGUUACCAAGCGCUGCAACAUCCCUUGGACUAAGAACUACGGCGAGUACGACCAGUAA